CUUUUCUCCCCCAAAAGCAUGAUUAUUUGUUAUAAAGUUGUUUAUUUUCCUAUAACAGCACAUGCCAGUGUUUUAUUCCUGUGUGUCACUCCCUCACGAGCCUCUAUUUCUUUUCUUUCUUUUUAGUUAAUAACUUAAUAAGACAAAACCUCAGCUUGUUAUAUUACUGAGAAACUACAAUGCUGUGUCUGAAAACAUCAUCUUCAAAGUUCCAGCUUUACCUCUGACUAUUACAAAGUGUGCACACUGAUGACUUCUUCCAAAAAUGAUCAAUAAAUGUCCUUAUCAACAGUUUCACUCAUUUUAUAAUGUGUUAAUGUGGAGCGCCUGUGAGAGUUUUUAUUAAAGAAACAAUCACAUAUUAGAAGGAGUGCAUUAAUAUAAACCUGAUUUAGCUUACAGCUGGAGCUACUGUCAGAGCUGCUGUUAGAGAAAAUGAACCAGAUUCAAGAAUCCAGCUGUGCUUGUGGUAAAAGUCUGAUUAAAAGUCUGAUCACAAUAAGAAGCUUCUCGAUUUCUUAAAGGAAACUGUGAUCAUUACAAAUAUGAAGCUGUUUUAUUGUCUUUUAAUAUCUGAUAUUAACAAUUCAGUUUCAGUAUCAGGUAUCCAGCACGUGAAUGUGUCAUGCCAUCCUGAGAAGAUCUGUGCUCUGAGGGAGUCAUCUGUGACCCUGACGUGCUCUUACUCAAAUAUCAUCAUCAUCACUGGCUUCUGGUUCAGCCUAAAGGACAAAGCUAAAUGGAGGAAGGAGGAACAUCCAGAGGAUUUAGCUUUAGACUCAGACUACACAGGACGUGUGAGCUACACAGAGAUGACAAACUUCAGCUCGACUCUUACAAUAACAGACCUGAGAGAGAGAGACUCAGGGGAAUAUCGCCUCGUGUUCAUUACGGAUAAAGGAUUGAAAUAUCUGAGCUCAGCUGGAGUUACUCUAACAGUUACAGACCUGCAGGUGACCCACGACUCCACACAACAAGUUCUCACCUGCCGCACUUCCUGUCCUCUGACCUCUACUGUUCACCGGUACUACUGGUACAAAAAUCAACAAUACUUAGAGAAAUACAAAGACAACAUGGGAACUUUCCCUUUAAGUAAAGCUGAAGAAGGCAGUUACUCCUGCUCUGUUCACGGCUAUAACAAUAUUCUCUCUCUUCCACUGUGUGAGUAUUCAUUUGGCUUCAUGAUGUAAUGGAGGGUCUCUUGAUUUCAGUGUUGGGAAAGAAGUUAAUGCAAGCUCAAAAACUCACUAGAAGUCACCAGAUGAUGUCAUAGAACAAUUUACAUAUUCACUGAUUCGUCAAGAUCAUUUGAAUAUCAAAACAUCUUACAUGAAGAAGGAGGAUUUUCUGAUGAAUAGAAUAGUUUUAUCUGAAUAGAAAAUAAUAGAUUACAACUUUUAUUAUUUCUUUCUUCAUGGCAUCACAAACUAACUACAGUACAUAUUUACAAAAUUCUAUCAUUUCUAUCUAUCACUACACAUUCAGGUUUUAUACACUGGUGGUGAGUCGAGUGAA